GUACGAGACAAACUAACUGACAGUAACCGUUCCAUUUUCCCGCGUUCCGUCUAUCCUGAAAAUUCCUUUUCCCUCACCCAAACUUCCUCUCUCUCUCUCUGUCUCGAUUCUUUUCUUCCCAACUCGCCAAUGACUCAUUCAAAGCUUUAGUCCAAACCUUGACAUGCUCUCCACUUCUCUCACGCCCUCAGCCAUGGCACUUCUCUCUCUACUGGUCGCUCUCUCCCUCUUCGCCGCCGUACGUUGCCAACCGUCACCUCCUAAAGGGAUCCUCAUCGACUGUGGCGCCACCGUUUCAUCCGUAAUCGACAACCGGCAAUGGCUACCCGACGGCAAUUACGUCUCUGCUGGGUUACCCAAAACAUUAUCUAUUUCAGGCCUCCUUCCAACUCUCUCCACUCUCCGCUCUUUCCCUCUUCUCGCCGGUGCUCAUCGGAAAUUCUGCUACGUUGUUCCGGUGUUCCGAGGUGCAAAGUACCUUGUCCGGACCACCUACUUCUAUGGGGGAGUCAAUGGCGUAGAUUUGCCACCGGUGUUUGAUCAGAUUGUGGAUGGGACAGUCUGGAGUGUCGUGAACACUACCGAUGAUUAUGCCAACGGGAUGUCUUCUUACUACGAAGGGGUUUUUCUUGCUAAGGGAAAGACCAUGAGCGUUUGUGUUGCUCAGAACACCUAUACCAAUUCUGACCCCUUUAUCUCUGCAUUGGAAUUUUUGAUUUUAGGGGAUUCAGUCUACAAUUCUACGGAUUUCAGAAAUUACGGUCUCAGCUUGGUUGCCAGGCACAGUUUUGGAUAUGGAGGACCAAUCAUCAAAUUCCCUGAUGACCAAUUUGAUCGAUAUUGGGAGCCAUUUGGAGAUAGUAAUCCUAAAAUACAAAGCAUCAGAAAUGUCUCUGUUUCUGGUUUCUGGAACAUUCCACCUGAGAAGAUUUUUGACACAGCGUUGAUGUCUAAACAGCCCAUGGAGUUGCACUGGCCUCCAGGACCUCUUCUAAAUGAUACCUACUACAUUGCAUUAUAUUUCGCGGAUAAUAGCAAUGCCUCGCUGGGGAGCUCCAGGGUAUUGAACAUCACAGUAAAUGGAAUUGAAUAUUACCGCAAUAUGAAGGUGACUCCAUUUGGCACAGCUGUCUUUGGCACUAAAUGGCCUCUUUCAGGGCAAACAAAGAUAAUUCUGACUCCUGCUGCCGGAUCAGAUGUUGGUCCCUUGAUCAAUGCUGGGGAGAUUUUUGGUGUGUUGCGCCUUGGAGGAAGAACGAUCACACGAGAUGUAAUUGCUUUGGAGAGAGUGAGGAAUAAUCUUCAGAAUCUCCCACUUGAUUGGAGUGGUGAUCCUUGUUUCCCUCGUGAAUACUCAUGGACUGGAGUUUCAUGCUCUAAUGGCCCUCAGAUCCGUAUUGUGGCUUUGAAUCUUUCGAGCAUGGGUCUUUCAGGAUCUCUAUCACCAAGUAUUGCCAAAUUGACUGCUUUGACUGAUAUCUGGCUUGGGAACAACAAUUUCUCUGGGCCAAUUCCUGAUCUCAGCCCAUUAAAGAGGCUUCAGACGCUGCAUUUGGAGGACAAUCAGUUUAGCGGAGAGGUUCCUUCAUCACUUGGGAACAUCACAAGAUUGCGUGAACUCUUCAUAGAAAGCAACCACCUGACUGGACAAAUUCCGGACAGUCUUAAAACAAAACCUGGAUUGAACCUCAAGACCGCUCCUGGAAAUAACUUUUUAUUGCCGUCACCUCCUCCUGCAGCAUAGUUUGGGUAACUGUAGAACCAUCUGUGUGACAUUGACAUGAGAGAGGCUUAGAGAUGCAAAUACAUGCAAGCCAGAAUCAAAAGUUUUCCAGCCUAAGCGCCCUGUAAUUGCCAAAUAAGAUCUCCUCACUGCAAUUUGAAGUAACAAAACUGUGUGCUUGUAAUUGUUGUCUGCA